GCGGAGUUUGAAGUGCCACCUUGUUCUGCGACCGUCACCGUGCGCGCGGCCCAUGGACCGAGGAUGAACAACCUCCUCAGAACCCUGACAGAAAGCCAGGUCAAGACAGCGCAACAGCACACAGAUCUCAAGUUACUGUUAAGCGCCGUUAAGGAGACACGCAGGCAGUCUCAUGAUGCCGCGAAACUCGCUGAUGUUUUCUACGACUCUCUGGAGGGCCUCUUGAUUGACCUGCGAAUGGUAACGAUGGAUAACAGGGAUUCCGAAGCAUUCCUGAAGCCGGUCUCCAAGUCCGACGUACCGGAUUACUAUGACGUCAUCUCCAACCCCAUGGACUUGCAGACCAUGCUCAAGAAGGUGAAGCAGAAGCAGUACAAGUCCAAGCGAGAGUUCAAGGACGACCUUGAUCUCAUUUGGCACAACUGUUUUAUGUACAAUGCUCAGCCGGACCACCCCUUGCGGAUGUGCGCCAUGCGGCUGAAAGCCAAGGCCGAGAAGCUGCUCAAGAACAUCACGGACUGGAAGGAGCGUGCCGACCCCGUCAUCCCGCAGGAUAUCGCAGUCAUCACUGUCGCGCCGCGGACUAACGGCGUUACCCUUAACGGCCACGCCCGCGUACAGUCCCCUGCUCUGGUGAAGUCACCCAGUCCGGGGAAGGCAGUAGCUACAGUGCAGCCAAGCAGCAAGAAGGCUCGCCAUGAUGGCUCCUUUGCUGAAUCACCUGCAAUCGUGCGGAGUGCGGACGGCAUGGCGGCGUUUUCGCGCCUAGACCAGGAACUAGAGUGGUGGACGGAUGCUUCGCAUCCCGCCAAUUCCAACGACGCACAGCAUCUCGAACAGUGGCUGAGGAGGUAUACACCUAUGUCAGAUGACGAGCAAGAUGUCGGUAGCUCGUCCCUUCAAACCAUAGAUGGCGAUAUCGGAGAGAAGCGCAAGCUGAACGGCUUCCUGGAUGACCGGCCACGCAAACGCGUUCGCAUGUACCCAACGGCAGACAAGGACCCAGUUGAGCUCUGGUGGGACGCAAUGCAGUCGGAGGAGUUGCUCGCGAACGGCCUCCCAACCCUUCUGUACCGCUCCUCGGAGGACGUCUCUGACGCUGCACCGCUCAAGCAGAUUACGGAUCAACCGCGGCAAGGCACGCGCCGGGGCAAGAAGAAGAAAUCCACGCCGCGCACGGAUACGCUCCUCUACCACAUGAAUAACAACAUACGUACGUUGCGCCGGGUGCGCACUACACACGCGAAGUUCGCCUCGCUCAGUCAGAACACGGAGGAGGGCGGCGGACCUGUGCCGCCGCCGGCCGAGCCAGUCCCUGAGGAUGUGGAGGAAGUGUUGGACGAGCAACCGUGGAAGCCCGUUGGCUCGGGGAUUGAGAUCGGCGAGGAACAUGCGAACGAUUGUUUGCAUUGGAUGGGGGGCAAGGUCUUGGAACAUGCUGGCUUCCAAGGAACGUCCAAGGCUGCGCUUGAUGUCCUCGCAGGUGUUGCUUCGGAGUACCUUCAAAAUGUCGGGCGAACGAUUCGUUUCCUCUGCGACAAGUACGCAAAGAAGAUGACACCCGAGGAAAUCAUCCUACAUACCCUUUUCGAGAGCGGAACGACUCGUGUCUACGAGCUUGAUCGCUAUAUCAAGGACGACGUCAUCCGGUACGGCGGAAGGUUGGCUGAGCUUGAGAAGAAGCUGGCCAACACGUAUCGAGAAGCGACCACUGAAGAAGCUUGGGACGACGACGCCCUAUUCCAGAACGCCGAUGGCGAGGAAGAGGAUGGACAAUUCGUCAUGGGCAACUUCGCUGACUCCUUUGGCGAGGAUUUCCUCGGUCUUCGGGAGCUGGGUAUCGCUGCGGAGUUCGGUUUACAGAGCUUGACGAUCCCCAAGAAGCUACUGAAGGGCAAGAAGCAGGGCCAGGCAGAAGGACCAUCUGCUGCCAAACCGAAAGAACCUCCACCCCCGUUCCCGCCGCCGCCUCCGUUCGUUCCAUUAGACUCGAGAACUGUCGAGAAGCAGAUCGGUCUCCUCAAAACAUUCUACCACGAGCGGAUAUCCACCGUAUCCACUUCUGCGCAACCUCCUCCGCCUGGUGCGGUCCCCACGCCACCUCAUCCCGCAGGUCUACCUCCACCUAUGCCUCCCAGCUAUCUUCAACCUAUACCCGUACCCUCCGAUACCGAUACCCCAGCAACCAUACUUCCUGACGACCCACCCAGUGUGUCACAUACUAAGAUUGGGCCGCUUGGCCAGGUCAUCAAGACCUCGACGUCAGCAGCCGCAUCCAAGAAGAAGAAAGCGAAACCACCUGCCGCUCCGAUGGGCAUGGCACCUGCGCCGUCCGAAGGAGACCUGCCGCAAGAGUUCGCGGCGUCCGGGUCCACUCCUGGUCUGGACUCGCCCAAGAAGGGGCAAUCUUCUGGCGGUGCGGCUAAGAAGAAGCCGGGCAAUGGUCCGAGUUCGUUGCCUUCAGUGAUCAUGGCGAACGCAUGAGCAGCUUGGUCCUGGUGCUGUCUACGAUGGGGUAUAUUUAUUGACUUGUAUUACUGUGGACAUUUUUCUACUUAUCAGGAAGUCAUGUAACUUGUAUCAUCUAGCAUAUCAGACGCUUGCCGGUCUAUCAUGGUCUGCCACGGCAACGGCUAUGCGCAAUUUCGAUUCCUCCCUUCAACUGUGUAAGCGCCCGCAAGACGCAUCCAUGGCGAGCGACCGCGACGCUUCCUACCACCCUCGUCCUUCCCAAGUCCUGCCAUCCUGGAUUAGGCCCGCUCAGACUGAACGGGUAAGGGUACGGGUACGGGCAAGGGCAACGUCACGGGACGUACCCGGGCGGCUCAGCCA